AUGGGUGAUACAGCAUUAAUUAAGCUGCAGGUAAAUCUGCUUGCGUCCCUUGAGAAAAUACACGUCAACUUUAAAAAGGAUUCACUUGGGCGAAAAACUAAAACCUAUUUUCAGCAACGAUUAAAGCGUGUUGAUGAGCUCAAUGAGGAAUUUCGUUCCACGCACAAAUCUAUUGUCUGUUCUGACAUUAAGUCGGACGACGAAUACCUCACCACUGAUAUUGCCUCCCAGUUCGAAGAACUUCAUUUGGAACUUUUCUGUCUGCUCACACAGCGUCAUGACGAACUGUUUCCCCCUACAUCCGAAAAGGAGGAGACAAAGAGCGGCACGCAGCCAACUAGUUCCCAGGUGCGAUUUGUCGCUUCAACGCAAUUCCCGCGGUUACCAGUACCAUCGUUUUCUGGCAAGUUUACCGACUGGGCCAGCUUUCACGAUUCUUUCAACCGAUUGAUUCAUAAUAACAUUGAAUUAAAUCCCAUCCAAAAGUUUCAUUAUUUGAAGCAGGCUUUGCCACUUGAGCGUGAUCUUGACAUACAACAAAUGCUUCUGACAGAAGCGAAUUAUACCACUGCAUGGGAUCUGUUAGUAAAACGUUAUAAUAACCCGCGAAUAAUAUUUUCCCAUCAUAUGAACACGCUGUACAACUUACCAGUUCUUGUUAAAGAAAAAUCUGACGACAUCAAAACCCUGCUUAAUGUGGCGAAUGUAUGUGUUAAUGAAUUUAAACGCCUUAAGCUCCCAAUUGGGGAAUGCGAUCAUUGGAUUGCCCAUUACUUAACCAAAAAAUUACCAACUGAAACCCACUCAGCAUGGGAGCGCCACCUGGGAAGCAAAAUAGAGAUUCCCACCUUUUUUGACCUAGAAGAGUUUUUAACCAUUCGCCUCUUCACCAUUGAUGCUAUCGAAAAUCGUAGCUUAGCCUUUAAUGCCACGUCUUCACGUAUGUUGUCUAACGAUAUUAAAAAUCGUCAUCUUUACAAAUCAAAAUCAUCUGCGCGACCGACACAUAACGUCAAAGCACACCAUGCAGCCACUAAAGUCAAUCCAUCUUCUCAAGAUUGCUGUGGACUUUGUGGACAAGCACAUAUACUACGUCGUUGCCCAAUGUUUCUUUCCAAAGAUUGUUUUGAAAGAAAAGGCAUUGUUGACAAGGCCAAGCUGUGUCUAAAUUGUUUGAGCAAGUCUCAUGCAUUGUCGCAAUGCACAAGCAGUAAAAAUUGCAUCCAAUGUGGUCAACGUCACCACACGCUCUUACACUUCCCACGGACUUCGCUAACCAAUACAGCUGCGCUGCCACUCGCUCAACACACCUCCACUUCUUUCAAUUCCGCAUCGGCUCCCGCACAGGGACAAGUAGCCCCAAUAAAUUCCCACGCUAUGUCCACGUCAGCCUUUGAUCUAAGCGCGUAUGUGUUGAAGCAACUGACAACCGAGUUGCCAAGUAGGCGCAGCGUGCCACAACAAUUGUCUCAUCUUCAAGGUCUUACUCUAGCAGACCCAUUAUACUAUCAGCCGAAGAAAAUCGACCUGAUUCUUGGUGCCGACAUGGUUGCUCAAAUCUUGUUACCGGAAAUGCGCAUUGGCGCAUUUGAUCAGCCAAUAGCUCAAAAAACACAUCUUGGCUGGAUUUUGUUGGGUCGAAUCGAUUCUCCACCAUCGUCAGCUAUCACAGUUCGUUGCCAUCACGCGAACCUUGAACUAGAGGCCCUUGUGCAGAAGUUCUACGAAAACGAACAAGUGCCUACAGAAACACCAAUGUCUGAGCAAGACAAGUGGUGUGAAGAGUUUUUUCAAAAAACACACCACGACGAAACCCUACAUGGGCAAUACAUGGAGGGUAUAGAAGAUUAUUUUCACCUCAAUCAAAUUGUUCCGGCAACAACGAGUGAGGACCAACAUUAUUUGCUGACUGCAUCUAACAAGCCCACGUUCACAUCUUGUGUUUUGCCGCAUCACGCGGUAGUAAAGAAAGAUAGAUCCAACACUAAGGUGCGCAUUGUGUAUGACGCCUCUUCAAAAACAUCAAAUGGCCGUUCCUUAAACGAUAUGUUGUGCACCGGCCCACCAUUGCAAAAUGACCUCCCAGCAGUCAUUUUGAAUUGGCGUCUGCACAAAUUCGUUUUCUUGGCGGACAUACAAAAAAUGUACCGAUGCAUUGAUAUGCACCAAGAUGAUGCGCAAUACCAACGCAUUACUGUCUCACCACUGUGA